GAAAUCUUGUUAGGUUGAAGAUAUCACAGAUAGACAUAUCUUUAUAAUCACUAUUUUAACAUGUAUUUUAUACUCGUAUGAUCCCCCAAAUAUAUAUAGUGGUUGAUCAAAUCCUGGUGGGCUUAACCUAGAGAUCAUCAUAUAUUAUUAUGUUCUCUUUCAAGCAUAGUGAUGACCUGGUAUUUCACCAGAUUCCUUCUUUAAUUUCCUUCCAACAACCGGCAAGAAAUCAACAAGAUCUUGUACUCAACCUUCAUGAUCAUGUCCCUAUGGAGUCCACUACAAAUAUUCCACUCACCAAAGCUCGGAAACUGCACGGAGAUCACUCACCUUCAUCUAAACCGAAUUCAGGAACAACUGAUCAAGGGGUAGAUGAUAGUAAAGAUGAGCAUACACAAAGAAAAUUGGCUCAUAGGGAGCUCGAAAGACAACGAAGGCGCGAUAUGGCUGAGCUUUAUGCUUCACUUAGGGGUCUACUUCCCCUUAAUUAUGUUAAGGGGAAGCGGUCUACAUCGGAUCAUAUGCAUCAGGCGGUGAAUUACAUCAAAUACAUGCAAGAAAAAAUUAAAGUGCUAAGUGUCAAGAGAGACCGGCUGAAGAAUUUUGUGGAGGCCGGUGUUCCUAGUCCAGCUACAAAUACUGAGGAAGAAAAGCAAAUGAAUUUGCUUCCUAAUACCAUAUCAAUUAGUUCUUGUAAUGGGGGAGUUCAUGUUUUGGUCAAUAGUUGCUUAAUAGAACAUGGUUUCCCUCUUUCAAGAAUUCUAAAAGCGAUCUCCGGCGAAGGUUAUGAUGUUAUAAGCUGCAGUUGUACUAAAGCAAACCAACGGUUGAUUCACUCUAUCCAAACUAAGGUGAAUGAUGAACCAGUGUCAUCUGAUCUCUCCAUGUUGCAACAAAGAUUAUCUGCGGUGGCCAAUAACUACUGAAUUCAAGAUAACUGUGGAGCUAAUUAAGGUAAAUUUAAUUGAUUGCAUGAGCCCAUUAUGGAGAUGUGUACCACCAAUAUCCAUUUGUGUUCUAGCAAAGAUCUUAUAGUGAGCUUUUCUGAAGCUCAUUUUGAUGAAAUUAGUGUACAAUAAGUGGUUUAAUUAUUUGUGUUUUAGAGCACCCAUGGUGGUAAACUUCCACAAACCUUCAGAAAAUGUCACCUCAUCGUGAAAUCAGAUUUUCAAACUUUCUUAAAAGUCUUCCUAUUCUGCAACGGCAAACUUCCAUAAAUCUCCACAAAACACCACCUUAUAUACUCACAACAUCACCUACUUUUACAAUUAAUUAUAUAAAUCAAAUUACCUUAAUAAUAAUAUUAAUAGUUUAUUUUUAGUGUUUCGUUUAUAUAUAUUUGUAAAUAAUCGAAUAUUAUUUAAAACUAAAAUUAAAACACAAGUCUCGAAAUGUUUAGUUUUUGAAAUUUAUUUGAGUAUUUUAUUUUAUUUAUUACCAUAGUACCAUGUCUCUUUCGUUAGCGUCAUUUAAUUUACUCUCGUUCCAUUUAUUUUAAGAUUACAAAUUCCCACUUUUGUCUCUUUUUUAUAUAGCCGUUGGGUUGGAUUCAGGUCCACCACUCAACGUCCGGAAGGAGUCCGGGAUUGCGGAAUCCCAAACGGACUUCACUUCGGACCGUAGUCACAUGGUAAGGUUUGUCCGCAGUAGUGUUCGCCUUUGGCGACCUUUGUCCGGACACCCACAAACCCACACGUUGUGGGUGCUCUUAAGUAUACCUUUGUGUAAUAUGUAAGUGCAAGAAAUUAUGACAUUUUACAUAAUUGGUAGAACGUUGUUAAAUCGAUAGCAUUCGCUAACGUGGGCUAGCCCACUUGAUAGAGGUACAUGGGGGUCUCAGGUUAAUCUAGGGAAUGAUGACAAUAUUAUUGAAUUUUGGUGUAAAGUAUAGUAGUAGGAUUAAUAUUUGUCGUUUCAAAAAAAAAAUAAUAAUAAUAAUAAAUCAUUAGCACUCAUUAUAAGCUUAUUUUCUAGGUGAAGUACAUGUGUUAUGUUUUUGCUUAAUAAAAUGUUUAUUCUUUAUUUUUAUUGAUAUAUGUAACUAGAUAAAAGGUUGUUAAAGAAAAAGAAAAUUACCAUGAAUACAUUAGUUCUUUCAAGUUAGAAUCACUGCAUAUGGCAUUAACUUAAUUGGCCGGACGCUUAAUUAACUGAAAUAAUAGGCCAUGCAAGAUUCUCAGUCACUUUGCCAUAAGGGUUUUCAAAAUGCAUGUCAACAUUCAAGAGAACAAUUAGGUGUCGUUUUGUUUGAUUGAUCAUUUAACUCCACUUAAAUCAGUAGCGGACCCAGGAUUUUUUUUCCUGGGGGUGCAGAAAUUUUUUAAAGAUUUUAGACCCCUAACUAUAUAAAAAAAUCGGUUCAUAGCGAGUCGGAUCGGGUCAUGUAAAACAAGUAAAUACAAACAAACAAAGUUUCAUAGCAGGUCGAAUCAGAUUAGGCCGGGUCCAUUUCAAUUUGUCAAACAAUCAAACCCUAGUUCCUAACUUCCUAUCACAUUAACAAACAAAAAAGCAUCAACAUUCAAAUUAUCCAUACUUCUAUUUCUCUUAAUCAUUAAAUAAAAGAACAAAAAAACUUAUCUAAAACAUGCAUCGGUCUUUAAUUAGAAGAAUCCGACGAAAAAAAGUGGCUCAACCCCUUUCCUCUUGAGAAAUCGUGACAUAACUUCACUACUCAUUGAUCUUUCCUAAUCCUAUCACAUACAAAAUAAACAAGGAUCUUCAAGCGUUCAACCAUAGCACAUGUUCCUUAAUUUUCAAUUUAAAAUUUUGAAUUUCAAGCCCUAGUAUUGUUAUUUACCAACCAACAAUCAUAUAAUCAACAAAACCACCAACGAUUUGGGUUUUUUUUUUAUUACGUGGACUGAUUUUGUUUAACAAAACUAGUAGUUGGAAUGGGGCUUGAAUGUGUAUUAAGUUAUUGGGCUUGAUGGAUUGAAUUUAAGUUUUAUUAAAGGGGUUACAUAAUUUGAUCGGGUUUCAAUCUGUAUUCACAAUUUUUUUAUAUAAAUUCCUAACAUUUUUUUCUAAGGGGUGCGGACGAAAAUUUCCAAGGAGUGCGGUCGGGAUUUUUCACGAAAAAUACCACUAAAUUUUUUUUUUCAAGGGGUGCGGCCGCCCACCCACCCAAUAAAGUAGGUCCGCCCAUGCUUGAACUAUACUUCUGGAUCCAAAUUUAGGUGUCAUUUUAGGUUUGAUUAGCACUGUUUCCAUCUGAUUAAUUAUGAUUUAUGUGCAAUACAAAUAAUAUUUGACAAAGUAAACAAAUGUUAGCCAUUGUUUAUGGUAUGACUCAACACUGUUUAACUUCCUUGGGUUCAGAAUGAUAGAUAUAUUAUACAUAUAUGCAUGCAUGUGUGGGUGGGUGUGUCUAAAUCUUAUAACUUUGCGUACAUAAAAUUAUUAAGUAGUUUAUAACCUUAGAAAAACUUAAAAUAAAAGUUUAUAAAAUUGAAACAUUAAAAGGUUUAUAAAAAUUCAUAAACAUAAACCUUAAGUUUAUAAAACUAAAUUCAUACUUUAAAAUUAUAAUUUUUUUUUCUAAAACAAAAGACAAAAUAAGAGAGGUCCACAUAUACCACUACAACCAGUUCAUACACAUGGAGUGUUGUUCCAUGAGAGACCCAUGCCACAUCGUCAUCUUCAAUUCUUCAUUAAUUUCCUGUCAUUUGGAAGUGCUCUCUGUGGGCAAUAAGUGUACUUAUAACUUUUAUCGCUAGCUCUUUGGUACAUGUGCUUGUCUGGGCUCUCUUUUUUUCCUUUCCUUUCCUUUUCUUUCUUUCUUUCUUUCUUUCUUUCUUUCUUUCUUUCUUUCUUUCUUUCUUUGUAUUUGUAUGUGUGUGUGGUGGGGGGCAUCACUUGGAGAACAAAUAAAAAUGUAAGUUAAUUUCCCCACACUUAGAAACAUGAAUUAAUUGUUGCUCAGAUUGGUUUGAUUUGAUUCGUCAAUUGUAAAAAUAAUACUACCUCCGUCCCAUUAAAUGUGUCUUAUUUUGAAUUUUCAAAGUCUUUAUUUAUAAACUUUGACUUUAAUUAUAUAUUUUUGUGGUAUAUAAAACUUGAUGAAAAUUAACCCAAUAAAAACACUUGUAAAACACCCUCAAAUCAUAUAAUUUUCAUCAAGUAUUAUUUAACACAAACAAAAUUAUUUAAGGUCAAAGUUUACAAAUAAAGACUUUGAAAAUUCAAAAUCGGACACUUUUAAUGGGACGGAGGGAGUACUAAAAACAUGUAACUGAAUGAAUUGUCACCCUCUAAACUUGAUCAUUAGUAAUAGACUUUUGACUUUAAAUUUUGCUUCCUUCAUUAGUAGCAGAAUAUCUCACCAGGGUUGUGAUGAUCUAAAUGUGAUGAAUGAACAACUUCUUCUGCAUGCUGAUCAUUGUUUGUGCUGACAUAUUCAUGACUUGUUUCUUUUGUCUUAUUAUUGAGUUGUGGAUCUUCGUCUUGAUUCUUUGUAGCAAUGAAUUCUAUUCGUUUUGGUUCUUCAUAAUUAAAGUAUUUUGAUAA